UAUCUGAACAAAACAAGUCUCAUAUCUACUUCAUAACGCCACCAUUGCACGCGCCUCAGACGAAUCCACAAACGUACAAGCAAACGAAAGCGCCAUGUCCAACACCGACUUCCUCGGGCGGGCCAUUGACACGGUCCGCCGCGCCAUCGACGCCGACAACGGCAAUCAAUACGAGAAGGCCUACCAACUCUAUUACCAAUCCCUCGAACUGUUCAUGCUCGCCCUGAAAUGGGAGAAGAACCCCAAGUCCAAGGAGAUGAUCCGCCAGAAGACGGGCGAGUACAUGGACCGCGCCGAGAAGCUCAAGGCCCACCUCUCCGACGCCGAUGCGAAGCGGAAAAAACCAGGCAUGGUCGGUGCUAAUGGCUCGACCACUGGCGGCACCGGCAAAGGCAAGCAGGACGGCGAGGAAGGCGCCGUAGAUGAGGACUCUAAGAAACUGCGGAACGCCCUGGCCGGCGCCAUCUUGCAGGAUCGUCCGAAUGUGAAGUGGGAUGAUGUCGCUGGUCUGGACGGCGCCAAAGAGGCAUUAAAGGAAGCUGUGCUAUUGCCGAUCAAGUUCCCGCACCUCUUCGUUGGAAAGCGGAAGCCGUGGAAGGGAAUCUUGCUGUACGGACCGCCGGGUACGGGUAAGAGUUACUUGGCCAAGGCUGUUGCUACCGAGGCCAAGAGUACGUUCUUCAGUGUGAGCAGUAGUGAUUUGGUGAGCAAAUGGAUGGGUGAAAGUGAACGGUUGGUCAAGCAACUAUUUGCCAUGGCUCGCGAAAACAAGCCCUCGAUCAUCUUCAUCGACGAAGUUGAUGCUCUCUGCGGUCCUCGAGGCGAAGGAGAGUCGGAGGCGUCCCGUCGUAUCAAAACGGAAAUGCUGGUGCAGAUGGAUGGUGUAGGCAAGGACUCAACAGGAGUGCUAGUGCUUGGCGCAACCAAUAUCCCAUGGCAACUAGAUGCCGCCAUCAGGAGACGUUUCCAACGCCGUGUCCACAUCAGCUUACCUGACGUCGCCGCAAGGACCACUAUGUUUAAAAUCGCAAUUGGCGAAACGCCUACCACAUUAAAAAGCGAAGAUUAUCGCGAACUAGCCAAGCUCGCCGAAGGCUACUCUGGGAGUGAUAUUACCAUUGCCGUGCAAGACGCCUUAAUGCAGCCCGUCCGGAAAAUUCAACAGGCGACACAUUUCAAAGAGGUACAGGUAGACGGCAUAACAAAAGUAACGCCGUGCUCCCCCGGGGACCCGGGAGCGAAGGAAAUGACGUGGGACGACGUGGAGGGGGAAAAGCUCCUCGAGCCCCUCGUCGACUUCAAGGACUUUGUAAAGGCCAUCAAGGGCUCACGACCCACCGUCGCAGAGGAAGAUCUGAAGCGGAAUUCCGAAUGGACCAAGGAAUUCGGCAGCGAGGGAAAUUAAGACUAAACCAGCCCGGACGCCGAUGCACUCGACUUAUUACUACUACAUUACCACUACUAGGCAGUAAACAUCCCCACUGCUGUCACCAUUACUGCGAGCACACGCCAAACGCAUUUACACCGUUUUAUUCAUGAUUCUAUCGCGCGAAGAUCACAGCACAUUACAUCGCUUUGGUCUUACAAAUGUACGUACGGAUGUUGAGCAUGAGAUGAAGAACAUGAGAAAAAUGAGAAGAGGCGAGGAGAGGAGAAGGGCCGGAAAGCGGAGAAGAAGUCAAGCGGAUGGAGGAAGGGAGAGGCUGCAGAUGAACAAGACAGACACUGGCAUUACAUAGGCGUUUGAGGCGUCGUUGACAGAGCACAG